AUGACUGAUCGAAUUAAGCUCCCUGAAGCAUGGGCGAGCCUCAAAAGAGCUUUUCCGGACAACAAGAAUGGCAGCAGAGUAAUUAUUACCACUCGCAUCAGAGAUGUUGCUGAGCGUUCAGAUGAAAGAAAUCAUGUACAUGAGCUUCGAUUUUUAAACCAGGAGGAGAGUUGGCAGCUAUUCCGUGAGAAGGCUUUUUGGAAUUUAAAUAUAGAUGAAGGAUUGGAGAAGUUGGGAAGAGAAACGGUAGAAAAAUGUGGAGGUCUACCACUUGCCAUUGUUGUGUUGGGCGGUUUACUGUCAACAAAGAAGCCACAAGAGUGGAACUUGGUAUGUGAUAAUAUUUGGCGGCAUUUAAGUAAUGAUUCCAUUCAGAUAACACAGUUAUUGGCUUUAAGCUUCAAUGAUUUACCUUAUCAAUUGAAGUUGUGUUUUCUCUACAUAAGUAAUUUUCCAGAAGACUUCGAAAUCAAAACAGAGAAACUAAUUCGCUUGUGGGUGGCUGAGGGUUACAUACCGCAUGAUGAAGAAAUAAUGGAAGAUGUGUCUCUCAAUUACUUGAACGAGUUGAUUAACAGGAGCCUUAUUCAGAAAGGACAAAUGCGGUUGGGGAUGGUUACAACAUGUCGAGUCCAUGAUCUUUUGCGGGAUUUAGCAAUUCAAAAGGCAAAAGAACUCAAUCUUGUUCAAAUUUAUGACGAAAUCAGAAACCCAGCUCACUCUUCAAAGGUAUCAUGUCGACGACAAGCUAUAUAUUCUGGAAUGAAAGGGACCUUGUGGCUUCAACAGUGUAAUCCGCUCUUGCGUUCUCUUUUGUUCUUUGAUCUCUAUGGAGAGAGUCCUAAGGUAGAGCAAUUCAUACCGACUGUGUGUAAAAGAUUCAGGUUCUUAAGAGUACUCGAGUUUGAACGUUUCAGUGGGGAAUUUAGCUGGUCCUUACCCAAAGAUAUAGAUAAGUUGAUUCACUUGAAGUACUUGGGACUGAGAGAUACACUGAUUGAAAAUAUUCCGGAAUCGAUUCUCAACUUGUCGAAUCUAGAAACUCUGGACUUAGGCGAGGAUCUGUGGGGUGCUGAUGCCUUUCUACCAACCGAAAUUUGGAAGCUGCAAAGUUUGAGACAUCUAAUUGGACCCUUUACAGGGCAUUAUUUGCAGAUAGACAAUAUGACAAACCUUCAGACUUUGAAGCUUGUAGAAGAUGACACUUGGACUAAAACAAAUCCUGAAAAAUUGGUUAAUCUUCGAGAGCUAGAACUAUCUGUGUACCGUGAAAGAGAGAAGAAGUUCAAUUUCGUUUCUAUUGCCAAACUGAAAGGUAUUAAAAUUUUAACGGUCACGUUAUCAAAUGAUCAUUUUUUUUCUACAUUGCAGCCACUCUCUUAUUGCCGAUAUCUCCGACACUUGUGUUUAAAUGGGAAGAUGGAGAAACUACCAGGAGAAAUGCAUGUACUUUUGCCAAAUGUAGAAAGCCUAUGGUUAGGGAAAUCCGAACUCGUAGAUGACCCGAUGCCAAUAUUGGAGAAGAUGGUGAAGCUCACAGAACUUAAAUUAGGAUAUGGUUGUUACAGUGGAAAGAAGAUGGUGUGCGCGGCAAAGGGUUUUCCCCGACUUGAAAGUUUGACACUUAUUAUGGCAAAGGAUUUAGAGGAGUGGCAGAUAGAGGAUGGAGCUCUGCCAGUGCUUAGAGGUUUGCUGUUAGCAGGCCAUGGCCAAUUCAAACUUCCAGAAAGAUUAAAAUCAGUCCUUCUCCCUUUGUGGUGA